AUCGCGUCGCGGAGCGGCCGUGGAGGAGCGUGGCUGCCGGACGGGCGCCCCGCGUGGCCCCGCGCGCUGCCCGGCGCCCCCCAUGAGCGCAGCCCCGCGCGGCCCGGGUCCGUAGGCGGCGGGGCGCCCCCCAUGCUGCUGCAGCCCGCGCCGUGCGCCCCGAGCGCGGGCUUCCCGCGGCCCCCGGCCGCCCCCGGCGCCAUGCACGGCUCCCAGAAGGACACGACGUUCACCAAGAUCUUCGUGGGCGGCCUCCCUUACCACACGACCGACGCCUCGCUCAGGAAGUACUUCGAGGGCUUCGGGGACAUCGAAGAGGCCGUGGUCAUCACCGACCGCCAGACGGGCAAGUCCCGCGGCUACGGCUUUGUGACCAUGGCUGACCGGGCGGCAGCUGAGAGGGCUUGCAAAGACCCUAAUCCUAUCAUCGACGGCCGGAAGGCCAACGUGAACUUGGCUUAUCUGGGCGCCAAGCCCAGGAGCCUGCAGACAGGUUUUGCCGUUGGUGUUCAGCAGCUACAUCCCACCUUGAUCCAGCGGACCUAUGGGCUCACUCCGCACUACGUCUACCCGCAAGCCAUCGUGCAACCCAGCGUGGUGAUCCCCGCAGCCCCAGUGCCCUCACUGUCCUCGCCCUACCUUGAAUACACCCCAGCCAGCCCAGCCUAUGCUCAGUACCCACCAGCCACCUAUGACCAGUACCCGUACGCCGCCUCGCCUGCCACGGCCACCAGCUUCGUGAGCUACGGCUACCCGGCCGCCGCCAUGCCCCAGGCCCUCUCCGCUGCGGCCCCUGCAGGUACCACCUUCGUGCAGUACCAGGCCCCGCAGCUGCAGCCAGACCGCAUGCAGUGAGGCCGUCCCCCACCAGGGACUACGGUGGCCGGCCCGGAUGCCAAGAGACUGUCUCCAUUCAAAUUCGGGUCGGGGUGACUCAGGCGAGGACCCAGGCAGAAAGGGGGUCCAAGGAGUUGCCUGAAGGCACGAGCCCAGGUCCACUGCUGCAGCGGCCGCUCCACAGCAGGAUGCCAGCAGCUUUCACGCUGUGCAGCCACCGUCCUCACACAGGUGCCUUACUGGAGGGAAGCGGGCCACACGAGCAGAUGCACUGGCUGUCUGCUCACUGUCAUUGUCUGGCUACGAAGGGGAUGUUCAGCUUCCAGUCUGCCCCUGAGGAUGCAGACCUCUGGCUGCCUUGUUCCUGUUUCCCAGAGUCCACACCGUGCGCCUGCGCUCCAGUGCCUGGCUGGGACUGGGAGCUGGCUCAGGAGCCUUCACUGCGGCCCAGGCUGCCGUCUCCCUCCUGUCUUGCGCUCCAGGGCUCAGCUGGGCUCCAGCACACUUGGCUCUUGCAGGCGUCCUAAGUGCAGGUGCUGCCCGCCCCCUCCUCCCUCCCUGCCUCCCACCGGCCCCGCCCUGUACCCCUUCCCUGCCCUCCUGGGGGCUCUGGGAUGGGGGAGGGAGGGGCCCUUGGGGGCCUACCUCAGGGAGCUGAGUACGUCCGGUACAGAGGCAAGCCCAGAGAGUAAAGGUAGCUAAUAAGAUAAUAUUUUUAUUAGAAUAUUCUGAUUAUAAGAAUAAAACUUUUUUUCUUUAAA